AGGGGGCGGUGCGCGCCGCCGGCGGGUUCGUGGCCGCGCGCCGCCGCCGUCUCCGCGGCUGUCUCCGCCGCCGCCGCCGCUGCCGCCGCCGUCUCCGCAGUGAGGUCACGGGUGGGCGGUGCGUGCGCGGAGCCCGUUCCGCUCCCCGGGCUGCCGGAGCCCCCGCCGACGCCGGGUUUUCUGGAAAGACGUGACAGAACGCGGCGUUAGCGCGAGCCAUGACUUUAGCCGGUGGCCUGGAUCUUACCUCUGUUACUAAUAACUUGGGGUGGGAAAAUUCUGACACACACCAGUGACAUCUGUGCAAAAGGUGACUCUCUAGGGAUGUUUAGUGUGUGCCGGAUCUGGAUCAGGCUUUAAUUUGGGGAUUUAUUUGUGAGCUGCCAUAGUAACUCCCAUGCUGGUGGUGAAAUCAUAAAGUUGGCAGCACAAUAAAGCAAGCCCUUAAGAUUGUGUUUGAUCUCCAGGAACUGAAAGUGCUGAAUAAAAUUUUCAUACACGUUUUGGAUCAGUUGCAUUAAGAUCAGCAUUCUUCAAACUGAGACCAUUUUUCUAUUUUAAUAUUUAAAUAGAGACUUAUUUGAAAAGAGGGUAUAUUUUUAAAGGAAAAAAAUGAUCAAGGAUGGACACUCUUGAAUCAGCACAUCGGGUUUUUUUACUAAAUCGUUGUACAAGACAACUGUAUAAAAUAGCGGGGAGCGUACGAAGAAAAGCCUUUUGUAUACGUGUUGCAGUGGGGGUUUUGUAUUAGAAAAUUGAACAAAUAACUAUAAAAGAAAAAUCUUUGUAACCUCUCUCCAUUAUUAAUUUUGUGAUUUCACAUGCGAAAUGGGUUACAGAUUUUAGUGUUGGAGGCUGAAGAAGUAACAUUUUACUGAAAAGAGUGCAAAGCUUGGUAAUCAAGAGCACUUGAAAUUGUUGAUUUUUUUUUUUUGUAUGAACAAGCAGGAAAAUGCACGUUCAAGACUUUAAUUAAUUAAAGUUCUGGUGUUUAGCAAUGGAAAGCCCACAAAUAAACUUCUCUCUAGGUCUAGUUUCAGACCAGAAAAGGAGUGGGAUGCAGGAGGAUGGAAGUCCUCCAUUAAAAAAAGCAAUGACAGAAAUGCAUGUAAAUAGCAAAGUACAAGUUGUAAUAAAUAAAUUGCCAACAAUAAAGAAGGAGAACUUGGAUGAAUAUGAUGAAACUACUGUGGAGGCUGAUGGGGAAGCCACCAAGCUGAACAGUACUUCACUAUCAGAGCCUUUGAAUUUAAAUCCAGGUUUGAAACACACGUUGGCACAGUUCCACCUAAGCAGCCAGAGCUCACUGGGUGGACCGGCAGCUUUUUCAGCUCGUUAUUCCCAGGAAAGUAUGUCACCCGCUGUCUUCUUGCCUCUUCCGUCGCCGCAAAUACUUUCUGGUCCGCUGCUCAUUCCUCCGGACAGCUCCACGGAACUCACCCAGACUAUACUGGAGGGGGAGUCUAUCUCCUGUUUUAAAGUUGGAGGAGAGAAAAGACUUUGCCUGCCACAAGUGUUGAAUUCAGUUCUCCGAGACUUUUCGUUGCAGCAGAUCAAUACGGUGUGUGAUGAACUGUAUAUAUACUGCUCAAGGUGCACUUCUGACCAGCUUCAUAUUCUGAAGGUUUUGGGAAUUCUUCCGUUUAAUGCUCCAUCCUGUGGGCUAAUUACGCUGACUGAUGCUCAGAGACUAUGCAAUGCUUUACUGCGUCCUCGCACUUUCCCACAAAAUGGCAGUUUUCUCCCUGGUAAGAACACUUUGGCCCAGCUGAAAGAGACUGGCAGUGCCUUUGAGGUAGAGCACGAAUGCCUGGGCAAGUGCCAGGGGUUGUUUGCACCUCAGUUCUACCUUGCGCCGGAUGACCCGUGUAUCCAGUGUUUGGAGUGCUACGGGAUGUUCUCACCCCAGACGUUUGUGAUGCAUUCACACAGAUCCCCGGACAAGAGGACCUGCCACUGGGGAUUUGAAUCAGCCAAGUGGCACUGCUACCUGCAUAUUAACCAAAAAUACUUAGGAACGUCGGAGGAGCGGGAACUGAAGCAUCUCUUGGAGGAAAUGAAGGAGAAAUUUAGCGAGAAAAAUCAGAAAAGAACUCGGUCUAAAGCAGAUUCACAGCAGAGCCUGGAAUUAUCGCAGUGGUAUCCAGUUAUAAAGCAAGAAGCAGAAACUGAUCCUCAACCACCCUCCUUUUUCCAUCCCAGUUACUACCUUUAUAUGUGUGAUAAAGUGGUCGCCCCAAAUGUAUCUCUUGCAUCACAAUAUAAGGAUGUUGCAAAAACAACAGUCAAAGCUUCAGAAGUAAUUAAGUCCUCACCUGGACAGUCAGAGAAGAAGCUUGGUAGUGGAAAGCACAAAAAAGCUGCCUCCUAUCCAGAGCUUUCUCUUGAAGAACAAGAAAAAAUUGACUUGAAAAGUGGCGUGGAGCAGCAGAAACGUUUAGAUCCACCUGUGUCAACUCGUUCUGCAAGAGGUGGAAAAUCUGAACGUGUUUCUUCCAAAAUCGCUAGAGACUCUAGCCAUGUUGAAGUAGGCAGUGAUGUGCGAACCUUGUCCCCCACGCUCAUGAAAGACAUCAGUUGUGAAGAUGACAAGGGAAGGAUCAUGGAAGAAGUCAUGAAAACCUACAUCAAGCAGCAAGAAAAACUAAAUACGAUUUUGCGGAGGAAACAGCAGCUUCAAAUGGAGGUGGAAAUGUUAAGCAACUCUAAAGCUAUGAAGGAACUGACGGAAGAGCAGCAGAAUUUACAAAAAGAACUUGAAUGUUUGCAGGCAGAGCAUGCUCAAAGAAUGGAAGAAUUUUAUUUUGAGCAGAGAGACUUGGAGAAGAAACUGGACCAAGUGAUGAAGCAGAAAUGUAGCUGUGACUCCAAUUUAGAAAAAGACAAAGAAGCUGAAUAUGCAGCACAGCUGGCAGAAUUGAGACAGAGAUUGGAUCACGCAGAGGCAGACAGACAAGAGCUUCAAGAUGAACUGAGACAAGAACGAGAGGCAAGGGAAAAGUUAGAGAUGAUGAUAAAGGAGUUGAAGCUACAGAUCUUGAAAUCUUCAAAAAAUGGGAAAGGAAAAUAGAGAUUGGAAGAGGAAGCUGCAUUCUUUAAACAGGGUGUUUUGGUUUUUAAUGAAUGGUGAGCAGUUUCUGUGUGGUGAGAAAAAGUAUUGUCUGCAGGUUUCUGUUUCCCAGACAAAUCCAGAUGAAGAUAUACAUAUAUAUAAAUAAAUAGAGAUAGAUAGGUAUACAUUUUUAGAUUUUCCUAACCAAUGAAAAUCUGCAUUUAUUUGUACUGGUAUUUUUCUCAAACAAUGAAAAAUACGAAACUCUUGAUUUAGAGUGACCAGUUUCUGUCUAUUUCUAAUGCAGUCUUGAGGACUCUAUACCUUUUAACAUUGUCUGUUAAAAUCUAUGUGGCGAUCUUUAUUUUGCUAUCAAUUGCACAUCCAGUUAUAAAAGUACAUUAAAAACAUUCUGAAUUCUUCAAGAUAAAAAAUAGUUCAGGUUUCAGUGAGAAUUACGUGUUCUCGGACUGGGGAAAGUAAAGGCAGCUUUUCAUCUGUAAGGUAAUACUCAAAAUUGCCACAAUGAUAGAUGAUUGAUCAUCAAAAGUGAUUUACCAGCGUGAGUUUUUCCCAUAAUUUCAUUGUGUGAAGUCAAGCUGAUCUUUUCUGUAUUUUCUAUUUAACAACUCUUUAUGAAUCUAAAGAGUUUAGAGCCAGCAUUUGCUUACCAUGCUGGAAGAAGAAAGCAUUAGGAUUUUUUUUCAAAUUAAAAGAUUUAGAAUUACAAUGGAAUCUUUGGAAGUUAAAAAUUCAUGUAUUUUCUCUUGUUUUCUUCUGUAUACUAGGUAUGAAAGAAACAUUAAUAAAAGGCUGAAAGGUGGGGCGUUUCCUUCUAGAAAAUGAGAAAGCUUGACUUAACUGGUUUUCAGAUACUCAUGCUUUCAAGAAAAACAAUAUUUAUUCAAAAAAAUGUAUUCGUCUCUCUAGUACCCUAAGCCUCCACACUCUGAGCUUCUUGCCAACUUGUGGAUUUUUCUUUCAUUACAUAGAACAGGCCUUAACUGACAUGGCGAUAAUAGCUUAAAAAAUAAAAUUCUGAGAUACGGCAUUUUGAAAAUUAUUUUGAUAGUCUCUGUAUUUGAAUUGGCAUGGUAACAUUACCAUGAAUUAAGAAAUACAGCAUGUUUGUUAAGCUAUAAUAUUUGAAAAUGUGUAAUUGUACAGAAUUACUGUUUUAUGUAUAUAUAAUGUUUGAGUACUUCGGAAGUCUGGUUCCUAGUGGAUUAAACGCAUGACUACACAGUUGGAUGAAGAAAUAACUUUUUUCGCACUCCUCUCCAAAAAGUUUGAUACAGCUGACAGAUACUAGCUGAUUAUAUCAGUGACUAGGAAUAUUUUAGUAGUUCUAGUAUUUCACUACAUAAUUUUAACCUGUACUUUAGCUUCUGUUUUUGAGGUACUUGGGUUUAUUAUUCUCUUAAUAAUCUAGUUAAUUCUGGGUGAAACCACUAGUAAAAGGCUACGUUGAUUUUCUCCACACACACACACACCCUGCCCCCCGAACUAGUAAAACUGAAAACUUUUGAGGUUUUUUUGUUUCUCUUUUAGUGAUGUAACAGGAUUGAGUAUCACAGAGAAAGAUAAAAUUGCACAUGUCUUUAAACUGAAUGAGAAAUGAGGUGGUAAAUCAAAUGUCAUGGAGUCAUAGGGUGAUUCUUUUAUAGCUGUGUACAAUUUUGUUUAUGGACUCUGUGUCAUAUUUAUACUGAAGGCUAAAGCAGGUUAGUAUAAAAAUACCAAUUUUCUUUGUCAGUGUUGAUCAGAAAAGAAGACCCAGAUCACAUUUUUCCUUUCUUCGACUCCGUCUCCAAAUUUUUGCUUUAAAAAAAAUGAAAAGGCAAAAGCCCAUCUUUGCAGCAUGGUUUGGAAGGAGGGGUGCAGGCUGUAAAUUACUCUGGUUGUUUAUGCACCAAGUUGCUUUAAAAACACAAUGAAUGUUUUGUUGUAACAAGAACCAAAACCACAGCUAUAGGAAGAGUACGUAAGAAAGUUGAUAAAAGUGUGAUUAUUAGGGAAUGGAGCUUGAAGUAGUCCAGCUUGAUUGACAGAACCUACGUUGGAUUAGCUAGAUGGGCAAGUAGGAAAACACCGUCCUGGGAAACUGAAAAGUUUCAUCCAGGUGUUAUUAAGGGAUCAAAAGAUACCGUUUCUAGUUGCUUUUCAGUAUCAGUGUUUUGAACCAGACUUCUUCGAUUGUCAGUGUAGAUAAGGCCGUACAGCCUCGUUUAAUACAGCUGCAGUAACUAAUUUACCACAGUAUUUAUAGCUUAGCCAUUGAAUGUAUGGAAUCCUCAUGGGAUUAUUGUAUUAGACUACCGUAUAUUCUGUUUCCAUUCAGGUCUUGUCUACGUUAUGUGACUUUGGCUCAAAUUUCCCUUUUUGCCACCAGCUGACCUUCAGCGGUGGCAAUUGCAGUGGAGUACUAGUAUAGCCCGGGUUCCGGUGCCUCAACCAGCACUUCAACCAGCUCUCUACCAGCUGUUAACUGGUUUACGCUGUAGGCUAUUAAAAUGCUGAUGGCCAUAGUUUGUACUAAUAUUUUCACUCUUGCAAGAACUCAAGCAGCUAUACGAAGUUUUAGCAAUUCCAGCUGCAGAUAAGGCCUCCUAAUUGUUUUAAAACAUCUGGCUGAAAACGCUAAUGCGACAUUUAUUAAAAGUAGCUUUGUAAAUAUUCCAUUUAGGUAAUCUAAAGUUAGAAUGCAUUUUAAAUUAUUGUAAUCCUCUUACAAUUCUUAAAUAUUACUUUCAGGCUCUUUACUUAAACAAUUUUCAUACGUGUAGACUUAAUUUUAUACUGAUUUUAAGUAAUAAUGUAUACAUAAAUGUGCCAUAGAUUUUGUGUGUUCACAGUCUUUGAAAGAUAGUUUUUUAGUAAAUUGUAAAUAAUACUGAACAUUAUUCUGAAUAUUGAACAGUAUUCUGAAAUACUGAAUAUUGUUCCAGAACAAAUACAUGUUGACUUGUUUUUCCACUACCUUACGCUAGUUACAUUGAAUGGUUUAUUUUACAGCCUGAUACAGGAGCUUGGAAUGCACACUUAAGGGCCGUCACUUAAGUGCACACUUAAUGGUAGAAACUGAUUCUGUCAUUAGGUCCUCGCUUUUAGUCAUCGCAUGCUCGUUUUAUGUAUUGUUAUUUGUUCUGCCUUCAGUUAGUGCUUGCUGAUCUUUCAGGCAGGAAGUCGUUUUCCCAGAUAGUUGUGACAUGAAGCCCAUAGGAAAAAAAUCCUAAAAUUGGGCAUAAUGUUGGAAGUUGCAUUAUUAAACACCUAGACCAAGAUCAAAGUUGCCUAGUGCACUCUCUGGAGCAAAGUAAGUGGGACUCAAGAUGACUAUCUAGUUUGCUCCUAUACUUUUUUAAACUAGAACUUUCACAUGCUUUGUGUACUUUAAUCAACAAGAAAAUACAAGAGCUUAGAGUAAAACUCUUGUAAUUUAGGUGGUCUGAAAGCACCCUCAUUUGCAGCAUAGCCGUGUAUCCCUAGACGAAAGAGAUUUUUAUCUAAAUCUCCAAACUUAACGAAGUCUGUGUUUUAGUUACUGUAAAGCAUAUCAUUUAGUUUGAGCAUUUAGAUAAAUGUAGCUAUGUUUCACAUUCUUAAACUAAUUUUAUGCUAUAUUUAAUAUAUUGAUAGCUUAGGUGUAAUAUCAGUUGUAUAUAGUAAAGGCAUAAUGCAGUUAGUGAAGUAGGAAAAGUUGAGUGGGAGCAUAAAGCUAUUGGUGGCCUGAAAAAAUAAGUCCUGGCCCAUAUUUUAGAAGUCACAAUGUUUUAUUCAUACAUUCUUGUUUUAUAUUGGGGGAGGGGAUAGCUAGAAUGUGUUAUGAAAUUUUUGGGAAACUUUCCUAGCAUUAGUCGUGAAGUUGGCCUUGAAAUGCUGUCAUGGUCAGCUUCCUAGAAUUCACUUGUUUGUAGAGUAUAUAUUUUGAUUGUCAGUAAAGAUAACAACUUUGUAUUUUUUCUGCACUUAAUUUGUGUAAUUAAUCCACACAAGAGUUUUCUAUAACAUGGUGAAGUCGACAAAAGACAUAAUUACACCUACCUGUUAAUCUGUGCUUGCAAUAUUUCAGUAAUUUUAUUUAAGCUGCCAAUAGAAAGCAGCAGAAAGCUGCAAAUUUAGAUUUUAUUUUUGCUCAUUACAUUUGUAGUGUGUGUAUUCCAUCAAUUUUCAUUACAGAAAACGUGUAGAAUUUUCUAUUUGUUGCAUAUUUCUAUUUCAAAAAGAGAGCAAUUUUUUAGCUUCCGCAAAAGCAGUUACUGCUUACAAAUUGCACGACAAUUUUGUAGUGUGUCUCCAUUACUUAGAAAAUUGUUUUUUUCAGGAUUAGUGGUUCAGUUGGAAAACGCUUGAAAAAUUAGUUUUAAGCACAGCAAACAAAUGGUAUAAAAUUUUGCUAUUUGAAAAUUGAUUAAAUGUAACUAUCAAUUGAUUUUUUUUUUCUCUGAAUAUAGAUACCUCACUUAAAGGAAAGCACAGCUGUACUGUAUUUAAACUAAUUCUAGGAAAUAAUAAAAGGUUGGUCUAAAAUAUUUCGUUGCCAUGAUGAUGCUUUCUGUGAUGGACAAAAUCUGUUUUUGUGUUUUCAUACUCAUCCUUGGAAGAAUUCAUCGAUGUUGACAUGCCAGUAUAAAUAUCUGAAAUUACAGAAAGUAGCUGCAGAACAGCAGAGUCUGUAUUAGCUCAAGGCAACAGGUUGAAUGACUAUUCUGAAACCAUAGUAGAAGCCUGUGAAAAACGAUCAGUGCACUCAACAAUUUUUAGUACCUUGCCAAUGAUGUACAGUCUUAUUGUCAGAGUUGCUGUGGUUGCAUUACAUGACACACAAAAACUGUCCUCUACCUCACGUGAGAUUUAACAGAUAUUUUAUAUGGUUUUAGUAAACAAGAUGCAUCUAUCUGGUCACUUAGUUUACAAAUUCUGAAUUAUAUUUAUUGAAACAUGACAUACUGUGCUCUUAGCUUAUACCUCAAUUGUAUUUUGUGCUGUUAUCCAUUUUCAUGCCUUGUAAAUACCUGUAUAGAUUGUGGAUUCGAAAACAAAUAAAGAACUGUAAUGUCAGAA